AUGAGGGUAAUCGAGGUUAUCAUAGACGGCUUCAAGUCGUACGCCGUCCGGACGGUCAUUUCAGGAUGGGAUGAGAGCUUCAACUCAAUCACCGGUCUCAAUGGGUCCGGCAAGUCCAAUAUCCUUGACGCAAUCUGCUUCGUCCUCGGCAUCACGAACAUGACGACAGUGCGAGCCCAGAAUCUCCAGGACCUCAUCUACAAGCGUGGCCAAGCUGGUGUCACGAAAGCGAGCGUCACCAUCGUCUUCGACAACAGAGACAAGAAGAAGUCGCCGAUCGGUUUCGAGGAGUAUGCGACCAUCAGCGUCACCCGACAGAUCGUCCUCGGCGGAACCUCCAAGUACCUGAUCAACGGGCAUAGGGCGCAGCAGCAGACGGUACAGAACCUUUUCCAGUCGGUGCAACUGAACAUCAACAACCCCAACUUUCUCAUCAUGCAGGGACGCAUCACCAAAGUCCUCAACAUGAAGCCUGUCGAGAUCCUCUCCAUGAUCGAGGAAGCCGCCGGCACACGCAUGUUUGAGGACCGACGAGACAAGGCGUUCAAGACCAUGGCAAAGAAGGACAUGAAGCUGCAGGAGAUCACGGAGCUGCUGCGCGACGAGAUUGAGCCCAAGCUCGAGAAGCUGAGAACCGAAAAGCGCGCAUUCCUCGACUUCCAACAAACCCAGAACGACAUGGAGCGCCUCACCAGAGUCGUCGUCGCCCACGACUAUGUGAGGUGUCAGGAGAAGCUGCAACAGUCGGCGGCAGAUCUGGACGGCAAGAAGCAAAGGCAGAAGGACCUCGAACAAUCGGCUGUCCGCCUCAAGAGCGAAAUCUCGCAUCUAGAGGAGGAUGUGCAGAGGGUCCGGGCCCAGCGCGACAAGGAGCUCAAGAAGGGGGGCAAGGCGCAAGGCCUGGAGGAUCUGGUCAAGAAGCACUCGAACGAGCUGGUGCGCCUUGCCACCGUCAUGGACCUGAAACAGUCCAGUCUCAACGAGGAGGCUGAGAAGAAGGUCGCUGUCGAGACAACCGUGACCGAGCUCGAGACGGCUCUGCAGGAGAAGACAAAGGCGUACGAAGCCAUCAAGGCAAAGUACGAUGCUGCCAAGGACGAAGUUGAGGCGCAGGGCCGGGAGGCAGACUCCAAGGAGGAACUGCUGCAGACGUUACAGACUGGUGUCGCGUCCAAAGCCGGCCAGGAAGGUGGUUAUCAGGGCCAGCUGCAGGACGCCAGGAAUCGCGCAACGACGGCGGCGACCGAGCAGGAGCAAGCCAAGAUGAAAAUUGCCCACCUCGAGAAGCGAAUCAAGGAAGAGGAGCCUCGUGCGAAAAAAGCCAAGGAACAGAACGCAGGCCUUCUCAACGACCUGGAGGACCUCAAAGUCCAGCAGCAGAGACUUGAAAAGGAGCUUGGCAAGCUCGGCUUCCAACCUGGCCAAGAGGAGGAGAUGUACCAGCAGCAGUCUGGUCUUCAACAACGGAUCCGUACGCUGCGUCAAGAGUCGGAUGCACUGAAGAGAAAGGUUGCCAACAUCGACUUCAACUACCACGACCCAGUGCCCAAUUUCGAUCGAUCCAAGGUCAAGGGACUUGUUGCGCAGCUAUUCACCCUCGAUAAGGAUCACACAGAAGCCGGGACUGCGCUCGAGAUCUGCGCUGGAGGCCGCCUUUACAACGUCGUGGUAGACUCUGAAGUGACCGGCACACAGCUUCUGAAGGGCGGCAAGCUUCGCAAGCGAGUCACCAUCAUUCCCCUCAACAAGAUUGCGGCUUUCAAAGCUUCAGCUCAGACGAUUGCUACAGCGCAGAAGAUUGCGCCCGGCAAGGUCGAUCUGGCUUUGUCUCUUGUUGGCUACGAUGACGAAGUGUCGUCGGCCAUGGAGUAUGUGUUUGGCAACACGCUUGUAUGUGCCGACGCAGAGACAGCCAAGAAGGUCACGUUUGACCCGAAUGUCAGGAUGAGGAGCAUCACGCUUGAGGGCGAUGCCUACGAUCCCUCGGGUACACUGUCUGGCGGCAGCUCACCCAACUCAAGCGGAGUGCUGGUCACUUUGCAAAAGCUGAACGAGCUCACCCGACAGCUGAAGGAGGCCGAGUCGACGCUGACGAACCUUCAAGUGACCAUUUCACGAGAGAAGUCCAAACUCGACCACGCCCGCAAGAUCAAGCAGGAGCUGGACCUCAAGAGCCACGAGAUCAAGCUCGCCGAGGAGCAGAUUGCUAGCAACUCGUCCUCUUCUAUCAUUCAGGAGGUUGCCAACAUGAAGGAGACCAUCAUCCAACUGAAGAACGACAUGGCGGACGCAAAGAAGCGACAUGCCGAGGCCCUCGCCGACGAAAAGAGGAUAAACAAGGACAUGCAAGACUUCGACAGCAACAAGGACGCCAAGUUGAUCGAGCUGCAGAAAGCCCUGGAUAAGCUGCGGGCGACGCUGAGCAAGAGUGCUGCUUCGGUCAAGACGGUGCAGAAGGAGCUCCAGGGCGCGCAGCUCGACUCGGAGCAAGUGGCUGGGGAUCUGUCUGGCGCCCGCGAACAGCUGCAGGAGGUCGAGGUCGCCAUCAAGGCGCAGCAGCAAGAUAUCGAGGGCCUCGUCCAGCAACAGGCCGAGCUCAAGGACACGCAUGAUGCGGUGCAGGCCGAGCUGGACGAUGAGCGGGCAAAGCUGCACGGAUUCGACGACGAGCUCCGUGCGCUGGAGGAAGCCACGCGGUCCAAAAACGCGCGCGUCGCGGAAGAGGGUCUCGAGAUGCAGACGCUCGGUCACCAGGUGGAAAAGUUCCACAAGGAGCAGCAGUCGGCGUUGCAGACGGUCGCGUACAUGGAGAAGGACCACGACUGGAUCGCGGACGAGAAGGACAACUUUGGCCGCUCCGGCACGCCGUACGACUUCAAGGGCCAGAACAUCAGCGAGUGCAAGGCCACGCUGCGGAACCUGACGGACCGCUUCCAGGGCAUGAAGAAGAAGAUCAACCCCAAGGUCAUGAACAUGAUCGACAGCGUGGAGAAGAAGGAGGUUUCGCUCAAGCACAUGAUGAAGACGGUCAUCCGCGACAAGCGCAAGAUUGAGGAGACCAUUCUCAGCCUGGACGACUACAAGAAGAAGGCUCUGCACGAGACGUGGGUCAAGGUCAACGGCGACUUUGGCCAGAUCUUCAACGAGCUGCUGCCAGGAAGUUUCGCCAAGCUGGACCCGCCUGAGGGCAAAACGAUCAGCGACGGCCUCGAGGUGAAGGUGUCUCUGGGCAAGGUCUGGAAGCAGAGCCUGACGGAGCUGUCUGGUGGCCAAAGGUCUCUCAUUGCUCUUUCGCUCAUCAUGGCCCUUUUGCAAUUCAAGCCUGCGCCCAUGUACAUUCUCGACGAGGUCGAUGCGGCGUUGGAUCUUUCCCACACGCAAAACAUUGGCCGGCUCAUCAAGACGCGGUUCAAGGGGUCACAGUUCAUCGUCGUCAGUCUCAAGGACGGCAUGUUCCAGAACGCCAACCGCAUCUUCCGCACGCGCUUCAGCGAGGGUACGAGUAUGGUGCAGGCGUUGACGCCGGCGGACUUGAAAUGA